AUGCUGUCGCCGUCCUUGCGUUCUGGCCGCAUGGCCUGGAAGUCCAGCCCCUUCACGCUCAUCCCUAGCAUCGGUCGUCGCUUUUGCGUAAAUGUGCACGCUGCUAAAAAGAAGAGCGGCCCCAAGACUGCAGUUCACUUCCGCAUCCAUAACCCUAGAAAUGGGAACCGUCCGCGCAUGCUGGAGUCGCCCGCGGGGGGCUGCCAUGUGAAUCCCGGGGGGGGGGGGGAGGAGCUCCCCCCUCCACCGGGCCCGCGCGUGGUGGUGGUGGUGGUGGUGGUGGUGGUGGCGGCAGCAGCACGCCCACCAAGUACAAGAGCCCGGGGGAAGUGCGGCAGCUCUCGUCCCGCAUCACGUAUUCCCCUUCGACCGCCUUUUGCCCCGAUGCUUCAGGGAGGUGCCUACAAAGAAGAGACCCGCAAGAUCAUCUUGUCGUUGGAGCGAGUUCGCAAGGUGGCCCCGGGAGGCAAGGAGCUCCUCAAGGGUGUCAGUUUGGGCAUGUACCUCGGAGCCAAGAUCGGAGUGCUGGGGGCAAACGGAGCGGGCAAGUCGACCCUGAUGAAGAUUUUGGCUGGAGUGGACACAGCGCUGGCGGAUGGCCGAAUCGUAAUGGCACCCGGGAUCAAGAUCGGCUACCUGUCACAAGAGCCGGAGCUUAACGACGGUGACACCGUCAUUUCCAACAUUGAACCUGCGUUGAAGAAUGUACGCGAUAAGCUGGCGCAGUACGAGGCGCUCAGUCUGCAGAUGGGUGAGCCAGGAGCUGAUCUUGACGCCCUGUCUAGCAAGAUGGAUCGGUUACAGGUGGGCGUCGAGGGCUAUUCCGGUGGGGGGGGGAGAAGGGAGUGGGGCGCAAAGAUUUGGCAAACGUUUCUAGGAUCUGCUGCUGAGGACUGCUGGGAGGAGACGCGGAGGAGGUUUGAGAAUGGAAUUAGCGUCGGAUUUCCGGUCGAGGGAUGGCGGGAUGAGGCCGAGCUUGACACCAUCAAUGGCUGGGAAGUGGAGAGGACUUUGGAGCAGGCCAUGGACGCGCUUCGGUGCCCUCCACCUGACGCUUUGGUGAAACACCUGUCCGGAGGUGAACGUCGCCGUGUUGCCCUGUGUCGCCUGCUGCUGUCCGCCCCGGACAUUUUGCUGCUGGACGAGCCAACGAACCACCUUGACGCGGAGAGCGUGGCGUGGCUGGAGAGAUCUUGUGAUUCUGGACACGUACAUCCUUGUUUCGCCCCCGAUUUGGACUUUGAUUGCUCCCUGCUGUUUUUAGCCUUUCCCAUCUUUAAGGUUUCUAUGGGUUGGAUCUUGGAGCUGGAUCGCGGUGCGGGCAUCCCCUUCGAGGGCAAUUACUCGGUAAUUGAGCGGGCAAAGGGGCAGCAGAAGAAGGGAGCCGCUCGCAUGAGGCGGUACGACGAACUGGUUUCGCAACAGGCGUCGUACGUCAAGCAGGCACAGCUCGACAGCAUUACCAUUCCACAGGGCCCGCGACUUGGCGACUUGGUACUUGAGGUGGAGGGUCUUCGGAAGUCCUUUGAUGACCGGUUGUUGAUCGACGACGCCGUCUUCAACAUCCCGCCGGGUGCGGUGGUGGGAAUCAUUGGCGGAAACGGAGCCGGCAAGUCGACACUCUUCCGGAUGAUCAUGAAGCAGCAGACUCCUGACGGUGGCCAUUUGCGGCUGGGCGACACCGUGGUGCCAAUGUACGUGGAUCAGAGCCGGGAGGCGCUCGCGGCGGACAGGACCGUAUACGAGGAGAUUGCAGACGGCAAGGACGAGGUGAGCGCCACGUUUAGGUUUAGUCAGGACCAGGCUCCUGGAGGGGAUAGGGGGGGGUCGACCCUAGGCGGUCGUCUGAUCAACGCUCGCGCCUACUGCUCGUGGUACAACUUUAAAGGAGCGGACCAGCAGAAGAAGGUUGGCAGCUUGUCAGGUGGUGAGCGCAACCGGUUGCAUCUGGCCAAGACUCUGAAGCAGGCCGGCAACUUGCUCUUGCUGGACGAGCCGACCAACGACCUAGACGUAGAUACACUUCGGUGUUUGGAGGAGGCUAUUUUGAACUUUGCUGGCACCACCCUCAUCAUUUCACACGACCGGUGGUUCCUGGACCGAGUUGCCACCCAUAUCCUCGCCUUCGAGGGAGACUCCAAGCUGCACUUCUUCGCGGGCGGCUACAGCGACUACGAGGAGGACAGGAGGCGGCGACUGGGCAGCGGGUCAGCGCCCAGCAGGCUCAAGUUCCGCAAGCUAGCGACCGUGUAGGGCUGACGGCAACGGCAACGAUGAUGUUUACUGAUAGAAUACCUGAUGCUGGCAAUCCUGAUAGGGUACUGGUGAUGAUGAUUGUGAUGGCGGCGUUGGUGAGGUUGAUGGUGCUGCUGAUGGUGCUUGGGGGUGAGGGUGACACACACUGAUGAUGAUGAUGAUGCGUAGUGGCGUUUUAGGUAGAGUGUGUGUAGAGCAGUGGCAGUUUAGCGGCAGGGGGGCGGGAUGGACUGGGUAGACCUCGGUUCGCCCGAAGUGGUGGAGCCCACCACACAACAACAACAACAACAACAACAAGAACAAGGCAGCCUGCCAGGGUGCACGGGUGCAUGAUGGUGCGUGAUUUACGGACUGUUUUCGGAUAAAACGGAACAGUCAUGAUCUUUCGGCCAUGACAAGGAGAAAGAAAACGUUUCCGG